AGCCGCCGCCAUCUUUGCGCCGGGCAGGGCCCGGCGGUGAGCGGAGCGCUGGCUCUCUCUCGGCCUUCCCGCCGCGCUGCGGGCGCUGCCCUGGCUCGGAGAGGGAACGGAUGCUGCUACACGGCCCGUUGUUCCCCGCCGCUGCUCGGGGGAAGGAGAGGAGAGGAGAGCGGGGCAAAUCACGCCGUGCCCUCAACGGAUAUGGCGGCGGCAGGCUGCUGUGGCGGGAGCGGCCGCGCGCAGCUGUGACGUGUAACGUGCGCGACGCGGCUGGAGCGGCCGGGGAGCGGAGCACCUUUUGAGUGAUGCCCAAGAAGUUCCAAGGUGAAAACACCAAGUCGGCUGCUGCCCGUGCGAGGAAAGCUGAGGCCAAGGCAGCAGCCGAUGCCAAACGGCAGCAGGAGCUGGAAGAUGCCUACUGGAAGGAUGAAGACAAACACGUGAUGAGGAAGGAGCAAAGGAAGGAGGAGAGGGAGAAGCGGCGGCUGGAGCAGCUAGAGCGGAAGAAGGAGCUGCAGCGUCUGCUGGAGGAGGAAGACUCCAAGCUGAAAGGGAAAUCACCCAAGCAGGUCACUCCAGGCAAAGUCACCAGGGCCCAGAUUGAGGAGAGCAUCAGAAAAGACCAGCAGCAGAAGGAGAAUGCAGAUACAGUGGAGAAGGAGAAGACUCACUUGGAGGUCCCCUUGGAAGAGAACAUCAACAGGAGGGUGCUGGAGGAAGGCUCAGUGGAGGCCAGGACGAUUGAAGAUGCCAUUGCUGUCCUCAGCGUUGCCAACGAGCUGGACCGUCACCCCGAGCGCCGCCUCAAAGCCGCCUUCACCGCGUUUGAGGAGCUCAACCUGCCGCGCCUGAAGCAGGAGAACCCCAACAUGCGCCUGUCCCAGCUCAAGCAGCUCCUCAAGAAGGAGUGGCUCAAGUCCCCAGAGAACCCCAUGAACCAGAGGCACAAGGCUUACAACAGCCAAAAGUAGAACUUAGAGCUGCUCCUUCCCUACUCACCCUCAGCCCACCCCACUGUUCCCCCACCCCCUGCCCCCUCCCCACGGACAGUGGGCUGCAGCCCCGAGGCUCUGCUCCCAUGGAAACAGGAGACCCAAGGAACAUCCUGGCCUUUUGUUUCCUUUCCUCACCUUCCCCUUCAUUUUGUGUCUCUCUUCUUGGGUUUCAGGUGAGCAGGAGGCUGUGGCUCACCUCAGGGUUCUGCAGCUGCCUCCUGUCCCCCCUCAACACGUUGACUCCUCUGCAGGCAGCUGCUGCAGAGUGACCUGGACAGAUAAACCUUUAUGCUUCUAAAUUUGGUUGGUUUACACCCCAAAAAAAGAGCUUCUAACUCACUCCAGAUCUUGAGCAGCUUGGGCAGUGCUGGGGAGGUGAGGCAGGGUUGUUCACAGCCUGCACUGGAGCCAAAACCACCUUUGUCCCUCUGUGGCUGCACUGGGGGGAAAUGGAGCCACUGGCCCAAGGAAGAGCAUCUUCCCUCAUCACAUCCUCAGUGCUGGGAUGUCCCCAGAGAGGUGCAAGCCUGGGGCUGGCUGUUGGCACUGCCUGCUGCCAGCCUCCUCUCUCCAUCUUGGUGUAGGUGAGGAGGAAGCACAAGGGGAGGAGCAGCUCUGUCAGUGCAGGGUGGUGGGGGAGAGGGAAAACAACCUUCUGUCAUAGAGGGGGAACAACCCAGAGCCUGGCCUGGCACACUGGUGCCAGGCUUCUCCCUGUGAUCUUCCUGGUGGCCUUGCCCAGAGCCUCAGGUGUUGCUGGAGGGGACAAGGAAAGGGGGUUCUUGGAGGGGCUGCAGCCCUGUGCCACCCAAGAACUGCCUCAAGAAGAGAAGCUGCUGCUUCUCCCAUCACAUCUGCCCCUUCCUGCCAUGGGAAGAUGCUCUGGGGAAGGGGAUGGAGGAGCAGCAGCUUGGCAGCUUCCCUGCUGCUAGCAUUAGCCCUGCUCUGCCACCUCUGCUGCCCUUUGGCUGCAGCCCCAUGCUCUCUGCAGGCAAAACCAAACAGCUGAGCUCUUGGGAGGGCCAGGGCCACAUCCUGCCCCUCUCCUUGGGCAGGAGCUGCGUUUUCCUCCUCUUCCCCCUCCCCUUUCCUAUCCCUUCCACUCUCCUUUGGGAGUAAACUCCCUCCUGGAGGUGGAGCCCGGGGCUGGGCAGCAGCUCCCUGCUGGCUGGGCUGGGCUGGGCUGAGCAGAGCUGAUCCCUCCUCAGGGGCUUCCACAGGAGCCUUCCAGGCAUUUGCACUUUGAUGGGGUUGGGGUUGGAGCCAGGAGCCCCCCACCAUUUCAGGGCUUCCCCCUCACCCUCCUUGCAGAGCAGGCUGAGGGAGCCCCUGCCAACAUGCCAUCUCCCCCCACACACUGCUCCCCCAAACCCAGGGGACAGGAGGAAUGCACCCUGUGUCUCCUCUGCCUGUGAGAAGUUUGUUGUGUUUGAACCUGAUUAAAAACUUUAAGAAAA